CAGGGAGCCCACCUCAGGGCCCAGAGCCACCCCUAUGCCGGGCGUUUUCUUUUUUUCUUGGCUUCCAACACAUCUGUUGGUGCUGCUGCUACUACUGUUGCUAAAGCCAGCCUGGGCCCCAAUGCCCACUGGAGUCCCACUCUCGGAGCCCUCUGGCGCCCCCGAAUGCCCAGAGGCAUGUGUGUGCUCAGUGAUCGGCCAGGCCAACUGUUCUUCCCUGGCUCUGUCUUCUGUGCCCGCGGGCCUGAGCUGGCACGUGCAUAGGCUUCUGCUUGAUCACAAUCACUUGCGCACGCUGCCACCCACCGCCUUCGAGGGUGUGCGAGCCCUGGACCUCCUGGACCUCCGCAAGAACGGGCUGCGCUCAGUGCACGCCCGGGCUUUCUGGGGUCUGGUUGCCCUACAGUUCCUCGAUCUGAGCGACAACCAGCUGGAGACGCUGGCACCCGGAACCUUCGCACCACUGCACGCGCUGCGCUCUCUGUCCCUGGCCGGUAACCGCCUGGCACUGCUGGAGCCUUCAGCACUGGGCGCGCUCCCAGGACUGCGCGCUCUCAGUUUGCAGGAUAACGCGUUGUCGGCGUUGGAGCCUGGCCUGCUCGCCCGCCUGCCGGCCUUGGACUCGCUGAGCCUGCACGGUAACCCCUGGGCCUGUGGUUGCGCCCUGCGCCCGCUCUGCAUCUGGCUGCUGUCGCACCCGAGCGCUUCAGAAGCAGAGCCCUUGCUCUGUACUUCACCCGGCCGCCUGACGCUCACCCCUCUGACCGCCCUCCCCGACGACGCCUUCCAACACUGCACAACGCGCCUCGCCGCACGGGACCUGGCAGUUAUCUACGCGCUCGGGCCUGUCUCCUUUCUCGCCAGCCUGGCCAUCUGCCUGGUGUUGGGCUUCGCGAUUACCACCUGCCGCGCGCGCCGCCGCCACCGCCACCGCCGCCCCGCCACUCGCCGUCCGCCGCGACCUCUGGACCUUGCCGGAUCUGUCUCCAUAGCGGAUCGGGAGAGUGAGGCCACCCCACCCGCCCAACCCUAACCCCAUCCCGUCCCGGGCCUCCCUUCACAUUCUGCCAGUAAAUGGGGACACAGAUUGAAAA